AUGCCUGAGGCAUCAACACCACUCGAUUGCGGAAAUGCGUUCCGUUCGGCAUCAAGUCCGACGCAACAAGUGAACCAUGCAGUUGCCGUAACUGACAACCCCGUCGCUGCCUGCGCGAACGGUUCCGUCCCAGGAAACUUUAAAGCGGGUUUUCUCGACAGCACUGGCAGGUCGGUUGCAGGAAUCCGAGCCUCUGCCUUCGUUGGGAAACAGCAUGAGACCCGAGCUGUGUUAGGCCAAAUUUAUACUUGGAAAUGUGGAGGCGGGGAGGGCGUCAUAGCUACUGACGUUAUGCGCAAAUACCUGGCAAAUGGUGAAGACCCAGCGAACAUGAGCUUGAGGCGUCUGAUGGAUGCAACCCCGGCCGAGCAAAUCCGGCAUGCAUCUCGUCAUGAGGUAUGA